UUAACCUCGCGAAAAAAACGCGGAGGAUUUAUUUUAAUAUUGUGCCGGAUCACGCGCGCUAAAACUGAUGCAUUGCGCACGCUACUUGCCCGACUACAAUGGCGACGAUGUGCUUCACUGGUCACAAUGGCGGCAAUAUCGAUAGCGAUGGCGUACUAAACGCCGGCUCAUGGCCUGUCCGGUUCCUACGCACGCUGCGCGCCUGUCGUUGGAUCUGUCCCUGCGAUGCUUCCGACGGCGAGACUGUUCUGCCGGUCCCGGUCUCAGCGAUGGGACCUUGCGACCGGUCAGAAUAUCGGCGAUGGGUCUCCUGCCGAUCACAAUGUCGACGAUGGACCUCUGUCGGCCAUGACGUCGGCAACAUGCACUGCUGCUCGGUUCGAAACCAAGUUCGUUUCGAAAUUGCUCGAACGACGGUUGCCAGUCAAUCACGUCUUCCUCUCGAUCACAUCGGGGUCAUCAAUGUGGGGAUACUGAUUGAUAAGUCUGCCUCUCAAGACAAGCCAUGCUUGUCGUAUGACGUGAUGGAAGGUGUAAAGAUCGACCACUUUGCUUGGAAUUAGUAACGAUGAAUUUAUUACAGAAGCAAGCAACUCGCAACCUACAAAAUCCCUAGGCUUCCUCC